GACCUGUUGAUGGCAAUGACAGAGACUUCUUGUACCAAAAGUUGAGACAAUCGGGAAGGUUUUCAGCCAUGCAUUGGAUUUUGGCACCAGAGCCACCUGUACCACAGGUAUGUGUACCAGUAAUUGACGACUUGUUGGCUAAUCAAGAGUUCCUGGCUGCAGAGCACCCCAUGACCUGGUUGCGACAGAAACUGAUUGUGAACGAUCAACAAAUUCAACAGAUUGCUGCUUUGACUGUUGGGCAAAAAGACAACUGUCUCUGGUCUACAGUUCGUAAAAAUCGUUUAACAGCUUCUAACUUUGGAUGUGUUCUGGCAGCAGUAAGAAGAAACAGAUAUCCAGCUUCGCUGUUCAAGCGCCUCUGCCAAGCAUACGACCUUUCAAAAAAAGAUGCUAUAAUUUGGGGUGUUUGUAAUGAAAGAGUUGCCAUAGAUAAGUACAGGUCAUAUGGAGAUGCAGUAGUAGAACCAACAGGCAUAUGGCUCCACAGUAAUGGUGUACUGGGGUGUAGCCCUGAUGGGAUUGUACGUCGGCCAGCUGCGUUUGGAUUCCAUCACCAAUCUCCACCUCUGAUUCACAUAAUGCAGGCAUGCAAUAUUCGGCCUACGGUACUAGAAGUAAAGUGUCCAUAUACAGCCAAAGAGAAGACAAUUUCUGAAGCAAUUGACACCAUUGAUGAUUUUUGCUUAGAAUUUCAAGAAUUUUGUGGAGAGAGAACGUACAAGUUAAAGGAGACCCAUCCGUAUUAUGAUCAAAUUCAAGGACAAUUAUUUAUAACUGGGAAACAAGCCUGUGAUUUUAUGGUUUGGACACCGAAAGAUUGUGCCAUUGUGAGGAUUACCCAGGACCCUGUUUGGCAGACAAACAUUUCUGUUCUUACUGACUUUUAUUUCCAUAGAUUUAUACCACACUUACAGCAGUAAUCCUUCAUGUAUACAUGCUAGUUAGUCAUGUAUAGCAUGCAAGCCAUGUUUGAAGAGUAAUAUUGAAUGUCAAUAUCUGCAA